GAGAUCAUGAGUAAUCAUUCUAUUGCUCAGUUGUUGAGAUUGAUCGGACUGCCUCAGUACAUCAGUUUACUGGAGAGACACUGUUACGGUCUGGAGGGUCUCCUGUACGUAACUGAAGAUGAUCUGAGACUGAUGGGGGUAGAGGAUCCAGAUCACAUAACAACCAUCAUAACCUAUUUGAAGAAACAACAACCGAAAACACAACCAGACACAAAGAGUGACAGCACACGCAGAAUAAGCCGGAAGUUCUCUCUGACAUCAUCACUCGACCUGGUCAAGCCCACCGCCACCCUUUUCCGUCAAAGCAUCGUGCCGCGACUGUGCCUUCGAGACUACAAAGGCUCCACCCCCUGUCUCCGGCUCCCCCCUGAAAUCCACGAGGAAGACCACGCCCCCUCCGGCAAGCACAGCCGGAGGAAGAGCGUGUCAGCCUUCAUCAGUCAGGUGAGUGUGUUCUCGGGUCUGAGGGACAUGGACUCUCUGAAGAAAGAGCUGGAGGAGGAACUGAAGCUGAGCUCUGAAGAUCUCAGGAGUCACGCCUGGUAUCAUGGACAGCUGCCGCGUGAGGGGGCGGAGCAGCUGUUGUGUAGAGAUGGUGAUUUUCUGGUGCGUGACUCCAGCUCGUGUGCGGGUGAGAACGUACUCAGCUGCAUGUGGAAGAAUCAACACAUGCACUUUAAAGUCAUACGAGUUGUGUUGAGACCCAAACAGGGUUACUCUCGAGAGCUGUUUCAGUUCGAGAACGAUCAGUUCAACAACAUACCUGCCUUAAUCCGGUUUCAUGUUGGUGGACGGCGGCCAGUCUCAAACUCUACAGGGGCCAUUAUUUUUCAUCCAAUCACACGCACCCUUCCGCUACGCAUCAUCAGCGAGCGCCUGGCCGCGAGAUCGGUCAGCACAUCUGAUUUGUCGAGAGGUCCGAGCAAGAGGCGGAGUCUGAGCUCUUCUCAGAAAGACACGCUACUGGUCAACAACCUGCUCAGGAGUGGGAGUCAGCCGGCUAACCUGGAGACAGUGGGUAGACCAUCACUGCAAUCAGCACAAUCUGACAGCAACCUCCGCAUAUGUGCACCUCAGAAGUGUCUGUCACACGAGUCCAGCCCCGCCACCAUCUCGCCGGUGUUCCGCACAGGAAGUGAACCUCUGCUCAGCCCGGCCACUUCCUGUAGAGCAUCUUCACCCAGCCAAUGGCGGCUUGGCGGCUCCCCUCUCCUUGGCUCUGACGGACAGCUGCACUCCCGAGCUCCGCCCAAACCGCUGAGAAUCUCCAUCCUGGUGUCUCCGGCAUCAUCGGGCGAGCAGGAGACAGACCCCGUCGGUCUGUACGGUGAGCUGGUGCCUCAGGUCCCAGUCACCAUGCUGCCCAAAGGUCACGCGGCUCGUCUCCGCGCUCAGGAGAAAUGGACCAGCCGCGCUCGGAUCACGGAAACCAGCUUCGGCUUCCUGGAGGCGCAGAAACUGGAGGAGGAGCAGAGCAAGAGCGCAGCGGGGGAGAGAGACUGGCAGUUUGAGCGGCCGCAGAUGGAGACCGCCUCCUGCUUCCGCCUGGAUGAGUUUCGCUCGCUGCUGCUGCCGGAAAACAACCGUCCGCUGGAUCAUAGCACGUUGGCGCGGGUCAAAGAGCUGCUGACGCACACCGACGCCCACACCACCGCCCUGCACAUGCUCAGCGUCAACUGUCAGGUGGCUCGCAUCACGGGGGUGACAGCCGAACAGAAGAGGAUGAUGGGAGUCGAAACGGGUCUGGAGCUCAUAACUCUACCGCAUGGAGGUCAGCUGAGACAAGACCUGCUGGAGAGGCACCACGUUUUGGCUCUGGGUAUGGCGGUGGAUCUUCUGGGCUGUACGGGAUCAGUGGGUCAGAGGGUGACUGUGCUGCACAAGAUCAUCCAGCUGGCGCAGGAGUUGCGUGACACGACUCACGACCUGUAUGCAUUCUCUGCUGUCAUGAAGGCCCUGGAGCUGCCGCAGGUGGUGAGGCUGGAGAUGACGUGGAGAGCGUUGAGGAGGAGUCACACUGACAGCGCCGUGCAGUUUGAAAAGAGUCUCAAACCCUUCAUGAAAUCCCUUCAGGAGGGAGACGACUCUGUGUUUUCGGGGCCGUUGUCUCUUCCUCACAUGGUUCCUCUGUUGAGGUUGAUGGAGGGAGAGGAUUGUGUUGAAUCUACAGACGAAGGUUGUCAGCUUCUCUUUAAUCUGCUGCACUCAGCACGCAACGCAGCUCUAAACGCCAGCGACUACACACAACAUGCUAACAGCCUGCUGUCAGGUGGCUGGGAGUCAAUCCCCGAGCUGCUGGAGGUGUUUCAGACAGAGUUCGCUCUGCGCCUCUUCUGGGGUGAAACCGGCGCCAAGACUGAACGCAAGGAGCGCUACGCCAAAUUCGACAGGAUCCUCACUGUCCUCUCCAACAAACUGGAACCUGAUGAAAUGUCUAAAGUUUGACAUAAAGUCUGAUGUGCUGACAGAAACAGAACUGAAGCAUUCAAUCCUCGAUUAUUUGAGUUUUAAUGUUGAUCAAACCUGCAGAACACAGUGAGACUCACUUCAGCCGUGUGUGUGUGAAAAAUCUUCUCACAAAUGUAUAAAUCAUCACCGUUCUUCAUCUUUAUGUGUAUGUUUAUAUUCUGCAUUCAUAUUUUACAAGUUUUUCCACGGUAUGGAAAAUACAGAGUUUAUUAACCUUAAAUCCUGUUUACACAUUGUAUUACACCUAAAGCAAAUAACAACAAUCGUUUUAGUUGAAUCAAAUGACCCCUUCAAAGUCCCCGUGAACCAGAAGCUGCAAACUUUUUUACUUCCAUAUGCAUUUCCGAGUGACAUGGAAUUUUGAAUGAGAAAAAAUAGUGGCCAUGGCUUGCGUCUUUCUUUGCGAUUUGAUUGGAUGUAUAAAAACAGCCGUUGCAUUUAGACGGAGAGAUGAAAGGGAGGAGUUAACGGAUGCUCCGCCCAAGCCCUCUAAAUUACAUGGAAUGAAGUGCAUUUACAGGUUUUAACUGAAGAUUUUGAGGACACAAAUUUUACAAAGAGAAUGACCCACAUUGACAAACUAUUUACAAAAAAAGCUGAAACAUUUCAUGAAAAAAUAGGAAUUGUCACUUUUAAUUUAACUGGGACUUUAACAAACAUAUAUAACCCGAAAAUACCAUAGUUUUAUAGUUGGUGCUCUUGCACAGGUGAAUGUGAACAUGGUAACACCAUGGUAUAAAAAUAUUUCUGUGGGAAUAUCCAAAUACCAGAGUGUUUUUGUGUAAAAACUUGUGUGUCCUCGUCUAAUGUAGUUUCUAGUUCUGAAAUAUCAAAAAUGAAAGUCAACAGUG